AUGGGGUUCAAGUUUAGGUUCCUGUGUGAUCUUUUGUCUGAACUCGAUGACAACCGCGUGGCUGUCAAAAAGAACGGACCUGACUUCCGAGUUAUUGGACAAUGGUUUGCUCGGCAUGAGCGACACAUUCAUCGUCCAGACACAGACAGACUGGCUCUGCUCUCGUGCAUGUUUCCCGAGAAACGUACUGAUCGUGUCUACUGGCUCCAAGCCAUAUCGCUGUCAAGAGUGACCGCACGUUGUUUGGGCUUGGGAUCGUCCCGGUUGGCAGAGCUAGAUCAGUGGCGCAAGUCCGGAGGGCCUGAUCUCGGCCAAUGCGUGGAAAAUGUGAUGCGCCAGGCUGAGAAUAAUAUUCCUUCAAAUCGAGAAGUCACGGUGGAAGAAAUCGAUCUGGCCUUGGGUAUGAUUGCAUCUCGAUGCCGCUUUUCAGGUCCCCAAGUACGCCAACAGAAGACUGCAGUAGAUGUGGAAAGUGCUCUGUCAUCUUUAUAUCGGCGUCUCAGCAGCAGGGAUGCCAAGUGGCUUACUCGCAUGAUCCUGAAGAGCUACCCUGUCGUGCUUCCGCAGAAGUAUACUUUAGAUCGGUUCCAUUUCUUGCUCCCCUUUCUCCUUCAGUUCCAAGACACAUUCCAAGGCGCUUUGCAAACGCUCUCUUCCGAACCCAUCAACAAAUUCCCGUCUCGCCCAGAUCCUCGGCUGGCUGCCACCCUUUGCUCAAUUGCUAUAUAUCAUCUACGGCCCCUUCCUGGUAUUAAAAUCGGACGACCGGAAUAUUACAAAGCUCGCAGUAUCAAACAUUGUUAUCAGAUGGUAAAGGGCCGCCGUAUGAGCAUUGAACGAAAAUAUGACGGCGAAUAUUGUCAGAUUCACAUCGAUCUUGCGAACAAGGAAACCCCGGUACAAAUAUUUUCGAAAAGUGGGAAAGACUCUACGGCAGAUCGGUUUGGUAUAAUUCCAACUCUCGAGGAGUCCCUCCAUAUAGGCACCAACAAAUGCAAAUUUGCACGUCGCUGCAUUCUUGAAGGAGAAUUGCUAGUGUGGGAUGAAGAGAAGAAGGCUGUGGCAGACUUUCACAAGCUUCGAAGGUUUCUCCCUCGAUCUGGCACAUAUCUUGGGAUUGAUAGUGACUCUCCGUAUGGCUAUAAUGGAAUCGUACCCCUCGACAUAUGCUGA